UGUUUAUGUUUGCACGUCUGUGCCUGAGUUGUUCCUGCCUUACGUGGCAGACGUCCGACAGCUGGAACUGGGUGCCCCAAAAACAUAUUUUUGUCAACAUAUUUUCCCUGUAGGUUAUUCUUGAUUGAAGAAUUGCCUGCUUUAUCAUAGCGUCACGUGUACUCUAGCAUGAAUCCGGCGUACCAUCCGCCACAACCAUAUGGGGCACCCCCAGGUGCUGGUUAUGGACAGAUCCCUGCCGGUCAACCAGGCCAACCUGCAGCAAGUCAGGGGUAUGGGCCUCCACCUCAAAGAAACUUCGGUGGGCCACCACCUCCUGGCUCUGCACCCAUGCCUGGGCAAACACACCCUCCGAUGAUGCAGAGCCCAGGCGCCCCAAAUCAAGGAGGAUUCCCCCCAGCCAAUGGGCCGUCACCAGCAAUGUCACAAGGAUCACCAAUGCAGGGGGCACCUAUGCCGGGGCCACCUAUGCCAGGUCCGCCUAUGCAGGGGCCACCAUCGCAGGGGCCACCAAUGCAGGGGCCACACAUGUCCGGUAUGAACAGACCUGCAUCCGGCCAGCCUGGGGGUAUGCCCGCCGGUCCAGCACCCACUGGCCCACCUGCUGGCCCACCUGCGGGCAUGCCUACAUCAGGACCCCCAUCUGGCUCUCCCCUGGGUCCACCGCGUGGUCCUGCAGCUGGCCAGCCCAUGGGCCCUCCUGGUGGUCCUCCAAUGGGGCCUCCUGGUGGCCCCAUGGCUGGCCCACCAGGUGCAUCCUCCGGGUUCACCCCUGGCCCUCCAGCAGCGCCCAUGGGACUUCCAGGAAGACCCAACCCUUCCUCCAUGCCUGGCUCUCAGCAAUUCAGUGGCCCACCACAAGGUGUCAACCCUACUCAGCUGGCUGAUCAGAUGUCAGGGAUGAACAUAGGAUCCUUACCACCAAGGCAGGCAGGCCCCCCUAUGUCACAAGGACCUGUGCCUAACAUGGGUUCUCCCAUUCCUCCUCAGUCUGGUGAUUUGAAGAAUGGUCCUAGGACUAUGCCAGCUGCAAGUUUCCCUCCUGCUUUGAAUGGAGGUCCAGGUAACCCCGAUGGUCCAGGUGGACCUCCCAUGCAGCAAGACAUGCAGUCUGCGUGGAUGCCAAACCUUCAGUCCCCUACCCACAGCAGGCCUCCCAUGCAGCAAGGCAGUCCAUACAUGAAUGGCAUACCCGGGCAACCACAACCGGGGAUGAAUCGAGGACACCUUCCCCCAGCUGGAAACCCUGCAAACGGUCCUCACAUGAUGCAUCCAGGGUAUCAGGGUGGAGCUCCACCCAUGCCUGGGCCUGGCCAGUACCCACCACAACCUGGAAUGGGGCCGGGCUACCCACAACAGCCAGGCAUGCCUCCCACCCACAUGAACAAGGGUUACCCGCCUGCCCCGGGAGGAAUGCAGUCUCCCACACAGUAUGGGCCUGCCCAGGGAGGCCUGUUCCCUGCUCAACAGCAACCAAAACAGCAGAAGAGACUUGAUCCAGCACACAUGCCAAGUCAGAUUCAAGUAAUGGAAGAAGAUGAAAAAAAUAAUGGUGGUAUCUUCGGUACUUGCCAGAAAGGUCGUGCCCCUCCUCUGGUCACCACCAACUUUGUUGUUCAGGAUCAGGGUUACUGCAGUCCUAGGUUUGUUCGUGCAUCCAUGUACAAUGUUCCUACUACUGUAGACAUCAUGAAACAGACUAAGAUCCCACUUGCUCUAGUUAUUAGCCCAAUGGCAGAAACAACCCCUCAGGAGGUGCCUCCUCCUGUUGUUGAUUUGGGUGAAGUGGGACCAGUUCGUUGUGUGCGCUGCAAAGCUUACAUGUGUCCUUUCAUGCAGUUUAUUGAUGGUGGCAGAAGAUUCCAUUGUCUAUUUUGUAAAGCAACGACUGAGGUUCCUCCAGACUACUUUCAGCAUUUGGACCACACUGGCAUGAGAGUUGAUCGCUUUGAGCGACCUGAGCUGAUGCUGGGAGCAUAUGAAUUUGUGGCAACAAAAGAAUACUGCAGGAACAACACCUUUCCCAAACCUCCAGCCCUUAUCUUUUGCAUAGAUGUCUCCUACAAUAACAUCAAGUCAGGAAUGGUUCAUCUUUUAUGUUCCCAAAUCAAAGACCUGUUGAAAGUGUUGCCUGUUGAUACAGGUAUCAAUGCUCAAAGAACAAAUAUGCGGGUGGGAUUUAUUACAUACAAUAAUACAGUUCACUUCUAUAACAUCAAGAGUUGUUUAGCUCAGCCCCAGAUGAUGGUUGUGGGGGAUGUUCAAGAAAUGUUUAUGCCCCUCUUAGAUGGAUUCCUAUGCGACCCAGAAGAAUCUGCCUCUGUAAUAGAUGCCCUCAUGGAACAGAUCCCAGCCAUGUUUGGUGAAACAAGAGAAACAGAAACUGUACUAGCACCAGCGAUUCAGGCGGGUAUGGAAGCGUUAAAGGCUGCAGACUGUGCCGGCAAGCUUCUGGUCUUCCAUUCCUCUUUGCCCAUCGCGGAGGCUCCAGGAAAACUUAAGAACCGCGAUGAUCGGAAGCUUCUUGGAACGGAUAAGGAAAAAACAGUUUUAACGCCACAAAACAAUGUGUACAACAACCUUGGCCAAGAGUGUGUAGCUGCAGGGUGCAGUGUCGACUUGUUUAUUUUUAAUAAUUCGUAUAUUGACGUCGCAACUAUUGGCCAAGUGGCUCGCCUGACUGGUGGAGAAGUCUACAAAUACACCUAUUUCCAGGCUGAUAUGGAUGGUGAGCGUCUGAUUGCUGAUCUGAGAAGAAAUAUUAGCAGACCCAUUGCGUUUGAUUCCAUCAUGAGGGUUCGAACAUCUACUGGAGUCCGGGCCACAGACUUCUAUGGCCAUUUCUACAUGAGCAACACUACAGAUAUGGAGCUAGCAAGCGUUGACUGUGACAAGGGUGUGGCUGUAGAAAUAAAACAUGAUGACAAAUUGACAGAAGAUGACUCAGUUUACAUUCAAGUUGCUCUCCUUUACACCUCUUGUGGAGGUCAAAGAAGAUUGCGUGUUCUAAAUCUUGGCCUUAAAACAUGUUCUCAAAUGGGUGAUGUCUUCAGAACAUGUGAUCUGGAUACAAUAGUUAACUUCUUCUCCAAGCUUGCAUGCUAUAGACUCCUUGAACACCCUCCAAAGCAAGUCAAGGAUGGUUUAGUGAAUGUAUGUGCUCAGAUCUUGGCUUGUUAUCGCAAGAAUGUUGCAAGCCCAUCAUCUGUUGGACAACUGAUAUUGCCAGAAACUAUGAAAUUACUUCCUUUAUACCUUAAUUGUUUGCUCAAAAACGAUGCUCUGUCUGGAGGCUCAGAUAUGACGAUUGAUGAUAGAUCAUUUGUCAUGCAAGCAGUGAUGACACUUGAUGUGCCCUCUUCCGUUGUUUACUUUUAUCCUCGACUUAUACCACUUGUUAAUGUCAGCCCUGAAUCAACAGAAAUUCCUUUCCCAAUUCGUUGCAGUAUUGAGAACAUGGAAGACACAGGAAUUUACUUAUUAGAAAAUGGUAUUCAUUUGUUCCUUUGGAUCGGCUUGGCUGCAAGUCCUGAAUGGCUUCAAGCUGUAUUUGGUGUCACAUCUGCCAACCAAAUUGAUGUUGACAGACCUUUCCUCCCUGAACUUGACACCCCAUUGUCUCACAGAGUAAGACAGAUCAUUGGUGAAAUUCGGCGCAAAAGGCGCAGGUGUAUGAGGAUCACUUUGGUGCGACAACGUGACAAGAUGGAAAUGGUCAUGAAACAUUUCCUUGCUGAAGACCGCGGUGUUGAUGGUUCUCCUUCAUAUGUAGAUUUCUUAUGCCAAUUGCACAAGGAAAUUCGAAGUUUGCUGGAGUAGGAAUGUUAUAGGGGCUAUUGGGUUCCUGAUAAAAAUACCUAAAAUGGACCCAUUUUGGCCAACUUUUCAUUUUAAAUAAAAUUAUUCAAAAUUCUAAAUUUUGUAACUCUGCUAUGACUGCCAUGACCACUAUUUCAUGUUAAAAACUUGUAUAUGUGAGCGUUAAAUAUUUUCUUUGUGUGGUCAGCAUAUCUGUGUCCUGGACAAUUAGUAUUAAAAGUUUUGCACACGACAAGAGAGUUAUCAUUAUCAUUGUCAUCUAAUUAUACUGCAACACUGAAGACUGGCUGAGUGAUUUUGUGAGCUCAGCGUUCUGAAGACAGAUGUAGUCUUAUCUGAUUUUCAGGGGAAAAGAUAUUUUUGAUGAAAGUCCUUUGUAAAAGAGAAAGCACUCUUCACUUUCUCUCUUAAAGUGUUUCAUAACAUCACAAACUGUGUAUUGCUUGAUGGUGUUGCCACUGCGGGCGACCGGACCCACCGGACCGGCCCGAAGCCCGCGAGACGGGACGGACGCGCGCCGACAGAGCAAUAAUGGAGCAACUGCCAAGUUCUCUAUGGUAUCAGUUUGUGCCUAUUAUGACAAAGUUUUUGAGCAGCUCAUGGAACUGUAUUUAAGUCAGACAUGUUGUGCAAUGCUCUCAGAAGCAGGCCCCUUGAAAAAAAAUGUUUUCUGAUUGAGUGAGGUUUGCUGUGACCUGUUAUAUCUUUGGGUGGUGGAGUUAACAUGAGUCUAUAAUGUCUUGUCCAGGGUGCCCAGAUUCAAGCAAUACAGAAUCUUAUCUUAUCCCUAGAUUCCUAUUUCAGAUCAACAAUUUCCUGAUAUAACUACAUUGUCUUCGACUUUGACCAUAAAAUUUUUUCCCUGUAGUAAUAUGUUUUUUAAAACAUUUCCUUUUAUUUUAAGUAUCUUGUUGCACAUGUCAAUUUGAGUGUAGUUUAUGGGAUAUAAUUUUAAGUUUAUGUUCUGUAUUUAAGUUAGGCAGACUGGCUACUAUAAUGAACUAUCUAUUUGUUUUUCUCGUACUUUGUGUACGUCUGUGUGUAUUUGUGUGCAUAAUAUGUAAUUUUUAUGAAUGGUUGUUUGUAAAACGUGUAUAUAUGUUCUUUAUUGUAUGUACCCGUAAGUAACUCCAUGAUUUUUGGCCCUCUUAAAUUUAUAAAUAAUUGUGAUGAAAGGCUUUGCACAUCUAAAUCUGCCCAAUGUUACUUAAAAACCAAAUUAAAUCCCCAUUGUGAAGAGACAUUUGGUUACCUUUCUUUGUUGUUGUGCAUUGCAUUUAUAAGACAUUUUUCAGAUAGGGUUUUCUCAGGAUUUCCACCUUUCUGUUAACAGAUUGUCAGUUGUUAAUUUUGAUGGUACUUCUAUAAGAGGCGUUUCCUACAUUAGUCAUGGAAUUGUUUUGAAUUGCUUUUUGUUGUGUGUACUCAUAAAAUUCAAGAUGUGGUGCUUAUGAUCCUGUAUUUUAUUGAUUCAUAACUUCCACAUCCUCUUAUUUAAAAUUUUCUGAGUCUGUCUUUUGUUUGUGGAAGCCAUAUCUUUUUUUGUGUGCCCACUAUCUGUCAAAUAUGUACUAAAAUAUUGUUAUACUUUACCGAUUCAUUGGGAUUGGGUUUUCUUUUUGUGUAGGUAACUGUUCUCUGAAGCAAAAUUGGUUGCUGUUGUUGGUUUUUAAAAUUUAAUAUUGAGCUUCUGAUGUCCAGGCAACCACUGCAAGUGUUAAUUGUACUGGUAAAGCUUCUAAUUGAAUGGCUUUUGUGUAUCAUGUUAGUGGUGUUUCAGUACUUCACAAAACUCUUAACAUAAGGAACCUCAACAUUGUUCUUUGUAUGUGUGUCUUACACAUAUAUUUAUGAUAUACAAUUUAUUAUGAAUAUUUUUAUGGAAUGUAUUAUUGUUAGAAAUUUUUCCAUGUUGAGCAUUUUUGAUAGGAUAAAAGUUACACAGAUUGUUGUAAUAUUCCUCUAAGGAUUGUGGAUUAAAUGCUUUUAUUAUAA